AUGAAUAUUAGCUUUGUGUUCUCAUGGCUUUUUCUGAUGAUAGCCAUCUACUCGAACAUAGAUGUUGUCUUUGCCCAAUGCCUUAGUGAUCAGCAAUCAAUGCUGCUCCAACUGAAGAAAAAUCUCGUAUUUGACGCCAUUGAAUCAAAGAAGUUAGUGCAAUGGAAUGAAACUAAUAAUAUUGAUUGCUGUUCUUGGGACGGUGUAACUUGUGACGAGGAAGGGCAUGUCACUGGUCUUAGUUUGGGCCAGGAAUCAAUCUCAGGAGGGAUAUUUGACAAUUCUAGCCUCCUUGAUCUGCAACAUCUUGAGACCCUUGAUUUCUCAUCUAACAACUUUGAGUCUACAAUACCAGCUAGUAUUGGUGACCUAUCAACUUUGAGUUAUCUGAACUUGUCUGAUGCUGGCUUCUUGGGGCAAAUACCACCAGAGUUAUCACAGCUGACUCAGUUGAUCAUUCUAGAUUUGUCAGAAAAUAUCUGGCUUGGCAAUUCACUCAUGCUUUGGGACCAAAAUUUGAGCAUAUUUGUACAAAACUUCUCAAAGCUUGAAGAAUCGUUCCUUGAUGGUGUGAAUAAAUCAGCAAGUGGGAGUGAAUGGUGCCAGGCCUUAUCAUCUUCAGUGCCGAAAUUGCGAGUAUUGAGCUUGAUACGUUGUGAUCUUUAUGGCCCUCUUGAUCAGGUGCUUGAGAAUUUUCAAUCUUUGUCAGUGAUUCGCCUCGAUCAUAACUAUUUAUUUGGUCCAGUCCCAGCAUUCUUUUCCAAUGUCCCAAAAUUGACUUCUCUGCAUCUUUUGGAUUGCCAUCUGAAUGGCACCUUUCCUUCAGAGAUUUUCCAAAUACAAACCAUUGACAUAUCAAAUAAUGAAUUGCUUCAGGGUUCUUUGCCAAAAAAUUUUAAAAAAAAUAAUGCUCUGCAGAAAUUGGUACUCACAUACACCAACAUUUUAGGUUUUUUACCAAUGUCCAUGGGUAGCCUUUCAAACUUGUCUAUAUUAGACCUUUCUAAUUGUGAAUUUAGUGGAGAGAUUCCUACUUCUAUGGAGAAACUUACCCAAAUGGUUUAUCUCCAUUUAUCAUUUAACAAGUUAACUGGUCAAGUCCCAUCUUUUAAAAUGUCCAAGAAUCUGACUGGAUUAUACCUAUCUCAUAAUAUGUUGACUAGUACAAUUUCAUCAUCUGACUUUGAAGGCCUCUCAAAUCUUGUGAAAUUUGACUUUAGCCGUAAUGUUCUCAAUGGGAGCAUCCCUCGAUCUCUAUUUCUACUUCCAACAUUGGAAGACAUAGAUCUGUCCAACAACCGAUUUGACGGUCAACUUCCUGAAUCUUUCAACAUGUCUUCCUCAGUAUUGCAAAGACUAGAUUUGAGUAGCAAUAACCUACAAGGGCCUAUUCCAUUGUCCAUAUUCAAACUCCCAAAACUCAAGUUUCUCUUUCUCUCCACCAACAAGUUCAAUGGUCCCAUACUGCUAGACAAAAUUCAGGGGCCUAGUAAUCCUACCACUAUUGAUCUCUCACACAAUGACGUGUUUUCCAUUGCGAGUGAUAAAGAUACUAAUUGGCCUUCCUUAUCCAAGCUUAAACUUUUACAAGUUUCUUCCUGCAAGCUGAUUUUUUUUCCUAAUCUAUAG